AUGAAAAUGUCUGAUGAUUUUGAGGGAUUUGCAAGCGGCAACGAAAUAUUACGAAAACACUUCGACCGUUGGGGUAAGCUCAGAUUUGGCGUUGAAGUGUUGGACACACUGACCGAUGGUGGAAUCCCGAGGCGUGGAAUAAUUGAACUGGCCGGUGAUCCGGGCGCGGGUAAAACUCAAAUUGCACUAAAGCUCGCACUCAACGUCCAGCGCCAGGUGGAUGACUGUUCCGUGGUGUACAUUUCCACCGAUCAUGCGUUUCCAUCCACGCGUUUUCUGCAGAUGGAGCGCGAAUACAAACGGCUCAAUCAUUCCGAUGGCGCUGUGCAGAACCACAAUUUCGCCGAUCACAUACUGGUGGAACGCGUGACUAAUAUGCCUACUCUGAUGGCCUGCUUAUUCGAACGUUUGCCACGUUUGCUAGAGCAAACUUUGGUCAGCCUACUAAUUAUCGACUCGAUUACGACCCCGUUUCUGGACGAGGAAGAUUAUGUCGAGCGGGCGCAAAUGUUUCGCACGAUGGUACACGAUCUGCACCGCUACCAGGAACGGUACAACAUGGCCAUCCUGGUCACCAACCAGGUACGCUGCGUGACCGAGUCUUGGACGUACGACGAUCCGCAGACCCUUCCGGCGCUCGGGUUGGCGUGGGGCAGCUUGUUACACACUCGAAUUCAGCUAUCCCGCCUGACGAAUAGCAACGACAAACGGUGUACGAUCGUUUGCGGACCAACCACUAGGGCAGCGCACGGUUUCUUUCACAUAAACAACUCGGGUCCGGCCGAUGUGGUAAAUCAAUCGGACGACGAUGGCUGA